AUGUUAAGAGCUUGUGCCUUAGAUUUGUCAGGGAAUUGGGAGCAGCACUUAUCGUUGGUGGAGUUUGCCUACAACAACAGCUACCAAGCAAUGGGAGAUCAUGUAUUCUUGAAGAUCAGACCGAAGAAAGGAGUUAUCAGAUUUGGGAAAAAGGGAAAGUUGUCCCCACGCUACAUUGGACCUUUCGACAUUGUGGAGAAAAUCGGGAAGGUUGCGUAUCGUCUAGUGCUGCCGCCACAGCUAGAUAGAGUACAUAACAUGUUCCAUGUUUCAAUGCUCCGCAAGUAUCUCGCAUUGCCCACGCAUGUCCUUAACUGGGAGGACCUCACCAUCGAGGAGGAUGCGACCUAUGAGGAAGAACCAAUAGAAAUUCAGGACCAAAGUGAAAAGACAAUCCGAAACAAGACCGUCAAGUUGCCUCCUUACGCCUAUAAAAGGAGAGCAUCCCCUCUGUAA